GAGAUCUCGCUCCAGGGAAGAGAGACAUAUCAGACAGCUUCUGGAAGCAAGCGGAAAUAAAUAAAGAAUUGUACUUAAAAAAAAAAAUUAUAUAUCAAAUACAUUUCUGUUUUUUUUUCCUGGAGCAGUAAGGACAUUUGACUAGUCAUUGACUUCUGUCGACCCAGAAAGGCCGAGGGGACGUCGCACCGUGCUGUGUAUGUGAGAGACGUAAACGUGCAGCAGCGGGUCUCAGCCGGGAGGAGAGACUCGGAGUGAUUCUAGUUUCCAGGAUAAUAACAGACAGACACAGACUGACUGCUUUUUAUUUCAAACGAUAAAGAGAACCUCGAUUUGAUACCACGCCGUCGACACACAGUAUCGGUCAGAUACUGGAAGGACAGCAAGUAUAUAAUAUAACCAGCAUGGAAGCCGUUGCCAAAUACGAUUUUAAAGCCACUGCGGACGACGAGCUGAGUUUUAAACGGGGGGACGUGCUGAAGGUUUUAAAUGAGGAGUGCGACCAGAACUGGUACAAGGCAGAACUCAACGGGAAAGACGGCUUCAUUCCUAAGAACUACAUCGAAAUGAAAGCUCACCCGUGGUUCUUUGGUAAAAUCCCCAGAGCGAAGGCAGAGGAGAUGUUGAACAAACAGAGGCACGAUGGAGCAUUCCUAAUCAGAGAGAGCGAGAGUGCACCAGGGGACUUCUCCCUCUCAGUAAAGUUCGGGAAUGAUGUCCAGCACUUCAAAGUGCUGCGUGACGGGGCUGGAAAGUAUUUCCUGUGGGUGGUGAAGUUCAAUUCCCUCAACGAGCUGGUCGACUAUCACAGGUCCACCUCAGUGUCUCGAAACCAGCAGAUAUUCCUCCGCGACAUUGAACAGGUCCCCCAGGUAAGGGACACCUGCCCCAGCUCCCUUUCUGAAUGUGUACCACCGGCAGGCAACCAGCAUCCUACGUACGUGCAGGCACUGUUUGACUUUGACCCGCAGGAGGAUGGAGAGCUGGGCUUCCGCCGGGGGGAUUUCAUCCAGGUCCUGGAUAACUCGGACCCCAACUGGUGGAAAGGCGCAUGCCACAGCCAGACAGGAAUGUUCCCCCGCAACUACGUCACCCCAGUAAACCGGAACAUGUGAACGAAAGAAAAGGAACAGAACCCAGAUACCACUGUAGAGUGGCAGCGGAAAUUAACACAUACUGAGAAUGUUCUCCGGAACAGCGAUGAACACACUGCAGUCAGAAUGGAACUGUCAUUGAAAAGAAAAAAAAAAAAAGAAAAUGUAGGGCACCAAAAUCUAAGUUAAAAUAAAAGCUGAAUAAUGUUAUCUCUUGAUUCCCACAGCUGCUCCUGCCGCCAUCUGUCCUCCGUCUGCACCACCCCCCCCACCCCCCCCCCGGGUCUAUGCAUGUUUUAAACUCCUUUUUAAAUAGUUUCUGAUCCUGACGCUGUUUAAAAAAAUCCUUGCUGUAGACUGCACCACGUUUACAUGCCAGAGAGGAAAAAAAAAAAGCCUGUCAUUUGAGCUUUCCAUAUUGCUGCGGACUCUUUAAAAAGUAUAAAUUUAAAAUUAAUAAAUAUAUAUAUAUGUAUGUAUGUAUGUAUGUAUGUAUGUUUUUGUCUCUCUUGCCUUUCUCCACAAUUUUUGCUUCUUGUGUAAACAAUGCUCAGCUUCUUUUGAAUGUCUUGUGGAAAGCUAGCAGCUCUGGAAUCAGCUAAAUCAUGAGAUGAAUUGUUUUGACUAUUUGACUGCUUUUGAAUGCAUGUUUUAAGGUAUAAAAAAAAUCCUCUAUUAAACUGUUCCAUUAUAGGCUUGUAUUCUGUAAAGAAAUCGUGCCCAGUCUGCCUUGCUCUGAAAUAUAGUUGUUUUUUUGUUUUUUUUAAAUGGGGGAGAAAAAAAGACAAGGCUGCUCUCGCACAACAUUUGAAUUAUUUAUCCUGUUUUGUAAAGUUACGGUUUUGCCGUUGUGAUGCAGCAGGUGGCAUAGUUGUGUAUAUAUAAUGAAUGUGAAGAAAGCACCAACAUCUGGACUGUGUCUUUAUUGCAGUCCUUCGUUCUUAUAGCCAUGCCCACCAUCAGCAUUGCAACUAGACUUCAGAAAUGGCAGGAGGGUUAGGACGUAACCUCUGAAAAAGCAGAAGGGGCACACAAACCAAAAGGAGAGAAGGAUUUCAUAAACACAGGUCUCAACACAGAUACCUGGAACAGUUUAAAAGGAGAUCCUGUCCUUUUUAUGUAUUUUAAGUUGAGGUCGGCUUUAUUAAUUUGUGUAUUGUCUUAAAAGGUGUACGGUUGAACACCUUUUUUUCUGAUGUAUUUGUUUUCUUAAUAGUGCCUUUUUUCCAUAUUUCAUUUGGUUUAAAAAAAAAAAAAAAAAAAAAAAGUCUCCAGGCAACUGUGUGAAACGUGUACCAGGACAUAAUUUUGUCUUCAUUUUGGUUGUGUAGUGCAAAAAAAAGGAUCUUUGUAAAUAACCCUGCCUCCGAUUUUUUUUAUUUUUGUUUUAUUUAUUUUUUUCUUUUUCCAUUUUGUUGGAUGUUAUUACCAGAAAACAUUUUCCCAAAACGUUUAACCUUUUUAUUUGAAUGUUUGCUUUCUCGUACCUAAAUCUCUUAAUAAAACAUCAAAUAAGAAAGCAAGCAAGUUUUUUUUUUUUUUUUUUUUUUUUUCUGUGUGCUAGAAUACCCAAUACUAAUUUUGGGAACGUUUAUAAUGCAGUAUCCCUCGGAAGUACGGUCCUGUCCCUUUCAUUUUUUAUGCAAUGAUUUGUAUAAAUGUUUAAUAAUUGAAUGUACAAAGAGGGCUCAAGUAAUUGUAACCUAGAUGAUAGAACGAGAUUUUGAUACUGCUUUCUAAAUGUGAAUUACAAUGCAGGCAUCCUUUUAAUACUGUUUUGUACAUUGCUGCAGGGAGUGAGUUAUUUUUUUUUUUUUUUAUUCCAAACAAACAUGUAUUUUUUGAGUGGCCAAAUGCUUUAACCAGGCAUCAUCACACCGAUUCAGAAUAUGGCUGGCAGUGAUGGAUUUUAUUUUACAUUUUAUUUUAUUGAAAUCUCCUAUGUUGGCCAAGCAUUGGAAUAAAGACUUGUAAAAACUG